GCUCGCGGUCACGUGGGACACGUGUGCAACGUCACGGCGCGCUCUGCCGGAGGCGCUUGCGGUCCGCGAGCCGGCGGCUUCGCCAGUCGGUGUCCGGCGUCAGUGGCUUUCAAGGCGCACGGGCGUGGUGAGGAGGCGCGGGGUCGCCGCGUGAAGACUCCUCGCCGCGCCGAGUCCAGGUGAACACCAUGAACUACGUGGGCCAGCUGCUGGUGACAGUGCGGGAGCUGUACAAGGGCCUGAACCAGGCCACGCUGUCGGGCUGCAUCGAUGUGGUGGUAGUGCGCCAGCGAGAUGGCUCCUACCAGUGCUCCCCCUUCCACGUGCGCUUUGGCAAGCUGGGAGUGCUGCGCUCCAAGGAGAAAGUGAUCGACAUCGAGAUCAAUGGCGAACCUGUGGACCUGCACAUGAAGCUAGGUGACAAUGGGGAGGCCUUUUUCGUGCAGGAGGCUGCCGAGUACAAUGAGGUCGUCCCCGCCCACCUGGCCACCUCUCCUAUCCCUGUAGAGGAACCAGUCUUCUGGAGCCUGGAGCCCACCCCGGGGCCCGAGGACCCGGCUGCGCCAGUACUGGUGCCCAAGAAGAAGAAGCGGAGGCGGAGGAAGCACAAGGGCGACAACCGCAGGGAGGAGCUGGCAGCAGCCAAUGCCAGCGAGGACAUCUUCGAGAUGGAGCUGAGCUCCGAUGACGAGCCGGCUGCUCACAGCCCCAGGGCUGGGUCUCACUCGGUUGUCAAGGAAAUUGAGCACAAGCCACACCCCGUCAUCCACCCACGGGACAGCUAUCCUCUUUCUGAUGGAGACUGGUCGCCCUCUGACAGUCUGUCCUUGUUGGAGCCCCAGUCCCCGAAGAGUGACUCUGAGCUGGUGGUGAAGCCCUCUGAGAGCUUGCUCAGGACCGAGUCGCACAUGCAGUGGUCAUGGGGCGAGUUUCCCGAAUCCACCAGGGUGGCCAAGAAGGAGUGGGCAGAGCUUCCAAAGACUGUGACCAUCACACCUUCAGAGAGCACGCACUUCCGUGUUAUCCUCAGCUCCGAGGCCAUGGGGGCGGGGCCUGGCAGUGGUCCACCGGCAACCUGUGCCAUUGUCAAGCCUGAGCCACGCACACCCGUCACCAUGGCUGUGCCCGUCACCAUGGAAACGCCUGUUACCACAGUAACGCCUACCCCAUUGUCUGGUUUGACAACUUCCACACCAUCAGAUCCCAUUGCCGCAGCGACUGCCGCUGAGCAGAUGACCGGGGACAUGGGCGACGUGUGCGUCGGGGUCAAACACUGCGGCCAAAUGGACUCUCCGUCCAAGAGGAAGGGUGUCAGGAAGAGGAGCCAGCACCAGGGACCGGAAGACAUCUACCUGGACGAUCUGAGCGUGCUGGAACCAGAUGUCCUUGCACGUUAUUUUCCGAAGAGUGAGGCAGAGUCGGUGUCCAGGACGUGGCUGGAGAGUGGCACGCACUCGGGCUCGCAGUCGCCGCAGUCGGUGGGCAGCGCAGCGGCGGACAGCGGCACGGAGUGCCUGUCUGACUCGGCGGGGGAGCUGCCGGACGUGACGCUGUCGCUCUGCGGGGGGCUCAGCGACACCUCGCACAUCUCCAAAGAGAAAUUCAUGGAGCACAUUGUGACGUAUCAUGAGUUUGCAGAGAAUCCGGGCAUCAUCGACAACCCCAAUCUGGUAGUGAGAAUCGGCAACAGGUUCUACAACUGGACUCUGGCUGCUCCGCUGAUUUUGAGUCUGCAGGCGUUUCAGAAGAACUUGCCAAAGAGCACGGAGGAGGCCUGGGUAAAGGAGAGGAUGCCAAAGAAAACAGGCCGCUGGUGGUUCUGGCCCAAGAGGGCGGACCGGAAUGCGAAGCAGGUACCGAGACUGUCUGAGGUCAAGCUAGUGGCACAGGAGUCAAACGAUGGAGGCCCCGCCCUACUGCAGGAGAGCCCCGCCCUCAAGCCGAAUACGGAGGACUCGUCCAGCGAAGAUGAGUCCAAGGAGGUGGAGGCCGCCGUCCUGUCAGAGAGGGGGCAGACAGAGGGAGCAGGGGCGUCCCCACCUCAAGUUCCAACCGGGACCCUCUCCUAUAAGAAGUCACUGCGGCUCUCCUCGGAGCAGAUAGCCAAGCUGGGCCUGAAGGAGGGCCCCAAUGACGUGACGUUCAGCAUCACCACUCAGUACCAGGGAACCUGCCGCUGUGAGGGGACCAUCUACCUAUGGAACUGGGAUGACAAAGUCAUCAUCUCCGACAUCGACGGGACCAUCACUAAGUCUGACGUAUUCGGGCAGAUUCUCCCUCAGCUCGGCAAAGACUGGACCCACCAGGGCAUCGCGAAGCUCUACCACUCUGUACAUGAGAAUGGGUACAAGUUCCUAUACUGCUCAGCACGUGCCAUUGGCAUGGCAGACAUGACACGCGGCUACCUGCACUGGGUGAACGACCGUGGCACCAUCCUGCCCCGGGGCCCCCUCAUGCUGUCUCCCAGCAGCCUGUUUUCUGCCAUCCACCGGGAGGUCAUCGAGAAGAAGCCAGAGAAGUUCAAGAUCGAAUGCCUUACGGACAUCAAGAACCUGUUCCUGCCGAACCAGCAGCCAUUCUACGCUGCAUUCGGGAACAGACCCAACGAUGUCUUUGCCUACAAGCAGGUGGGCGUGCCCGAGUGCCGCAUCUUCACAGUGAACCCCAAGGGCGAGCUCAUCCAGGAGCAGACCAAGGGCAACAAGUCCUCGUACGGCCGGCUCAGCGAACUGGUGGAGCACGUCUUCCCGCUGCUGAGCACAGAGCAGAGCUCUGCCUUCAGCUUCCCUGAGUUCAGCUCCUUCUGCUUCUGGAGGCAGCCAAUCCCGGAGCUCAGCAUGGAGGACCUGCUGUGAGAGGGGGUGGGGCUAUGGUCCCAGCCACGCCCCCCCAAAACCCACUCUAUCCCCCUCGGGAAAGGGGAGGCAGGGUGGCAGCUGAAAUGUCACUUUGAGGAGGACCGAUGGCUUUAUGGUUAUCUGAUUGUGGUAAAGGCACUUUCCGGAAAAGCUGCUUUUCAGACCUGUGUAUCUGACAAUGCAAGGGGUAUGCCGGGUUAAUUCUGCUACCUUAUAUUGAAGAGAGGAAAACGCACUGAGAUGGAAAAUAUUCAGUAUAUAUACUUAUAUUUUUUAAUUGGUGACAAUGCUGGUGUUGUGUUCAGUGGUUUGGAGUUAUGUUCAGCUACAUGCAGCGAGUAUGUGUGUGGCGUGGGUGUGGGUGUGUGAGAGAGAGAGAGAGUGCCAUUAAACCAAGUGGUAUUUCCCAUGUGUGCUUUGUUCCAGACCAGCACUUCAUACAGUUCCCAAACUCCCCUAGUUGUGGGGGAGGCACCCUAUUGCACAUGUGUUUGGUCACAUCAUUGCAUUGGGAAGAGGGUGAGGGCAGAUGCAGGUGGGCUGUGUGCACACACAUGCAUACAUGGACACUCGGAGCACAAUCAUACCCUGCUCCCCCACUGAGCCACAUUCUUACUGUCACUUAUUUUGAAGACAUGUUUGUGUUGCAGUGCAAACCCUCACCUGUCUGGUUUGUCUGUUUUCUGUUGCACAUCCUGUUCAAACUUCCUUCCUGUCAGUGUUUCAUGAAGUUUUUGGGGUGGGUGGCUGUCUGACUGCACUCGUAUGUGACGUGAUUGUUCUUUCUAUGAAAGUAAUCAAUCUGUGUGAGACCCGCACACUUAACCCGAUAAUUAAAAUCUGAAUAUUAAUACUUAAGGGUGCCAGUAGCACUUGUUUGUAGGGUUUAAAUUGAUAUUUUUUUGGCCCCAGCCACAAUCUUAAAUGCCUUUUUAAAUUGUAUAAGUAGUAUACUUUAUGGUAAGGAGACUUGUUAAAAUAUAUUUUCAGUGUAAAGCUUAAGAUUGCAUCGUACCUCAUUUAAGUGAACUUGCCAGGUUAAUAUGUAUUAAUUGUGUUUAAGAUUACAAAAAGAUAAUAAACAAGUGAUGUCAUAACCGUGA